CUUUGAUCACCCAAAAAUCCAAAAUAAAAAAUCUAGACUUUCUAAUACACAUUCAUUGUGAAAUUUAUAAAUUUAUGACCCACAUGCAUACAUUUAUACAUAUUCAUGCAAACUUUCUAUAUCUCUGUAUAUAUAUAUAUAUCAACCCUCCCUCCAUAAUCUCUAUACCUCUUCUCUCUCCUCCUUAGUCUUUAGCAGAUACAGAGUCAGAACAAUGGCGACUAAAAGCAAGAAGAAGAUCCUGAAGACUGUAUCUGUUGUCGACAUCAGCUGCGGCAACUGUAUAAAACCAACUUUCGCCUCUAUUUUCAACUUUUUCUCCAAAAAGCCUAAACGUCCCUCGUCUACUUACCGUCACUGCCACUCCUCCAUCUCCUCCGCCACACCCUCCUCCACGCCUUUGGCCACCGCAUCCGUCGCCGUGGAGAAAGAUUCUGACGAUCCGUACCUAGAUUUCCGGCAGUCUAUGCUUCAAAUGAUACUAGAGAACCAGAUUUACUCGAAAGAUGAACUUAGAGAGCUUCUUCAAUGUUUCCUCAGCCUCAAUUCUCACUAUCAUCACGGCAUCAUCGUCCGUGCCUUCUCGGAAAUAUGGGAAGACGUUUCCUCCGCCGCUGCUUCCGCCGUCGAAGCGUCCCCUCUCAUCACCCGUCAUGUGUCACGUGCGUCACGUGAUUACUAUAACUAUUACUAGCUAGGCUAUAUAAUCAAUGAAAAUAAAAAUAGCUAUCUAUCUCGUAUUUAUGUUUUUGUUAGGGAAGUAACGUUACCGUGAUCCUAAUAACACUUUUUAAUUAGGAAUAUGCCACGUCAUCAGUAUAAUGACACGUGGAAUAAAAGUGAUAAUGCUCUUACUUUAUUUAUCCUUAGCUUUGGUUCUUUUAUCUUUAGCUUUGGUAUCUUCAUUAUUCGUCUUGAUACCGUAGCAAUGAUGGUAAGAUAGAUGCUAAUGUAUUAUAACUCUGUGUAUGUGGAUUGUGGUUUGUGGACCUAUAUUAAUCUUCAGGUAUUGUAAUUAAGUAACAUCUUUAUUUGUUUUUGUUGCGUAGUUAUAAUCAGCCAAAAAACGAAUUGGGAUAGAUGACAUAUUUCAAAGGUUUUCGUCACUCGUGACUCUCUCUGGUAGUGACGUGAAUGUUCCCAACUACACGUUAAAUUUUAUUUAUUUUAAGUUACAGUACGAUGUCUGUAAAUUUUCUGAUCUUUAAUUAAAAUAUAUAAUCUUUUGUACAACAAA